AUGUCUGAAGAAAAUAAUUCUCAAGGUGACAUUCCACCUCCACCUCCACCAACUACUGUUGAAGAACAACCGCAAGAACAGGAACCUGUUACUGAAGAUGUUCAACAAGAAGAAUCUGUCAACAUGGAAGGAGAACAAGUAGAGAACAGAGAAGAACAAGAAGGAGAAGAACAAGAGCAAGAGCAAGAGCAAGAGCAAGAACAAACACAAGAACAAGACCAAGAACAAGGGAAUGUUCCAAUGGAAGAAGACUCUAAUGGUAGCUCAGAAAAACCAGAAUUACAACCUUAUUAUCCACCACAACACCAACCUGCUCCACCAGAACCUUAUGGUAAUGAACAUAACUAUCCUCCACCACCACCAGCACAUCACGGCUAUGAGGGUCAUCCUCCAACUCGUCAUCCACAUGAUGUUGAUAGCGGUGAAUUAUCCACAACUAGAUUGUUUGUUAGGCCAUUCCCACCAGAUGUCCAAGAAUCGGAAUUAAAUGAAAUUUUCAGUCCCUUUGGUCCAAUGAAAGAAGUUAAAAUCCUUAAUGGUUUUGCAUUCGUUGAAUUUGAAGAACCAGAAGCUGCAUCUCGUGCUAUCGAAGAAGUUAAUGGUAAAUCUUUUGCUAAUCAACCUUUAGAAGUUGUUUUCUCCAAGUUACCUGCUAAGAGAUACCGUGUUACUUUAAGAAACCUGCCAGAAGGUUGCUCAUGGCAAGAAUUGAAAGAUUUAGCAAGAGAGCACCAAUUAGAAACGACUUUUUCAAGUGUCAAUACAAGAGAUUUCGAUGGUACCGGUGCUCUAGAAUUCCCAAACGAAGAUAUCUUAAACGAUGCCUUGAACAAAUUGAAUAACAUUGAAGUCAGAGGCUCUGUCAUCUCUGUGGAAAGAGAUGACAAUCCACCACCUAUUAGAAGAUCUAGUAGAGGUGGAUUCCGUGGCCGUGGUGGUUACCGUGGUGGUUUCAGAGGUGGUUAUGGUGCUCCAAGAGGUGGAUUCCGUGGUGGCUACGGCGCUCCAAGAGGUGGGUUCCGUGGUGGCUAUGGUGCUCCAAGAGGUGGAUAUCGUGGAGGUUACGGUGGCCCAAGAAAUGAUUAUCGUGGUGGAUACCGUGGUGGAUAUGGUGCUCCAAGAGGUGGCUAUGGUGCCCCAAGAGGUCCUCCUCCUCCGAUGGGUGAUUACGGUGCCCCAAGAGGUGAAUAUGGUACCCCAAGAGAUCCUUACAGAACUAGAGAUAGUGGUGCUCCAAGAGAACAUUCUCCAACCAGGUAA